AUGCCCCAAGACAUGCUGGCAUCCACUUCAGCACAUGAUGACAUCAUGGUGCUUUCGUCCAGAAAUAUCACGUCACAAACGUUGGAAUCUGAAACGCAGGUGAAUAAAGGAAAAAAGCGACAACCUCCGACCAAGUUGACAAAUGACAAUAAUAAAACAAAAGAAUCUAAAGCAACUCCAAACAACGUUACACCAUCAACUAACGCAAACAUCGAUAAGGCUUUAGAAAAACUUGAUGAAAUAUCAAGUAGAGCCCACGCAAGUUUGGCAAACCAAAAUCGUGAAGACCAUUUGGAUCAUUUUGGAAAAUAUAUUCUGUCGAUGCUAAGAAACGUUUCUCCCCGGAAAAGUCUUUCCUUGCAAAAAGACAUAAUUUCUCUUUUGUUUGAAGCACAAAUGUCGCCACCAUCACUAUCAAUGACAUCUACUACAGAGGAUGAUAGCUGCUCAGAUUACCCAGGAAGGCCACCUUCAUCAGAUACGAAUGUAUCUACAUCUUUUAUGCCUGCUAGCCCUCUACCCAGCUGUGCGUGGUCUUUGGAAGAUUUUGACUAUUUACCAACAAGGCUUUAA